AAAUUUACCUAAGUAAGUUUAUCUCAGAAGACAUCAAAGCAUGGCUUUCAAAACAAACAAGGCAUCCCAUUGAUCCCGCAACGCUAGAGAUGAACCCAAAGCUUCUAAGCCAUCCGUCAAAGACGUUUGAAAUCCUUAUUGACUUAAUGGACUAAGUGACACUUUGGGCUCUUACUUGAGCCAACUGAGCGCACGGCAAAUCCUUUAAGAUGCAAAUACGGCGUCAGAGUUGCGUCUCUACGCGAACGUCUAGCAGUCAACAAUGAAAAAUCUAGAGAAUUAUCAACUUGGGGAUAGUUAAACAAGAUAUCUUGAACGGUUCUUUUGGAGUGAGAUUGGCUUUGCUGUCUAUUUGAUUUCCAAACUCUGAGUUCAAGUCGAAAGAAGUGAAGAUAAAAGCGAUCGAGACGCCGUUCACAGAGAAGUCUGCCUUCCUUUGAGUCUUGAUAUCUACAGCGAAGAGAUCGAAGGGGACGGUUGUUAUUUACAGAACCAACAGAGAAGCGGUAGACUUGUGAACUAAGUAGCAUUCAACGGGUUUGUAAAGGUUGUAUUUUACUAUAUUAGACCUAGGCAAAAGGGAGCUAACUAAAACAAGUAGAGAAUUUUGAAAACUCGAAGAUCUCCACGACAGAUUAAGAACAAACCUGGACUACUUGUCUAUAUAAUUGUUUCGCUUCCUAAAGCAAGAAGAAAAUAAGGCACAGAUUAUUUGCAGAAUAAGCAGAUACCGAAAAGUAAUUUCCCAUAAGCCUACUGCAAAACGUUUGAGAUGUCCAAGCAAGCAGUAAAGUUCCCAAACCUGGGAGGCGCGAGCAUACAUCAAAUGGUGAUAGCUUUGUCCGCCGCGCGCAAAAUCAAACAGUUCUCAACGAGUCUUAUCAACUACAGGCGUCGCAACGCAGACAAAGGAAGUUACGAGGUCACAUUCACAGACGACCCAGUACUCUACGGCGAUGACGCCCUCAAAGCACCGAAAACCAGCCGAGAACGCCAAUUGACCGUCGGGACACCUUUGUAUGAGUUCGAUCUUGACGAUUCACCGCCGAACACAUAUCGACUUGAGCCGGGUAAGCAGUUUGAGGUAACGGUAGUGCAGCGAAUCAUGCGCGAAGUGUUCGAGGAGGAGAUCAAAGACUUGGAGUAUGACGCCGAAAAGUGCGCGCCGCUAUGCAAGAGACUGAGUGAUGUGGUGAAGGCGAGAGUGAAGGGGCUGCAGUACCCGAGGUAUAAGAUCAUUGCGCUUGUGUACGUGGGUCAAAAGGAAGGGCAGGACGUCCGAAUCACCAGUCGAUGCGUGUGGGACACGAGGUUCGACAACUGCGCACAGUAUGCCUACGAGGGGCUCCAUGACACCUACGCGGUCGGAAUGGUAUAUGGGAUUUAUCAAGAGUAAAUACCCGGUAGUCUACGGGAUUUAUCAAGAGUAAAUACCCGGUGGUCUACGGGAUUUAUCAAGAGUAAAUACCCGGUGGUCUACGAGAUUUAUCAGGAGCAAAUACCCGGUGGCCUACGGGAUUUAUUAGGAGUAAAUACCCGUUGGACUACGGAAUUAAUCAGGAGAAAAUACCCAGUGGCCUACGGGAUUUAUCAGGAGUAAAUACCCGGUGGCCUACGGGAUUAAUCAGGAGUAGAUAGCCGGUGGUCUACGGAAUUUAUCAGGAGAAAAUACCCGGUGGUCAACGUUAGUUAUAGUAGUAAUACUAUUUCUACGGCAUUUAUCAGGAUUAGAUAUGUCUACAGCAUUUAUUGUAGUAAUUAUAAUUAAGGCAUUUAUCAGGAGUAAAGAAGUCUACGGCAUUUAUCGUAGUAAUCAUAGUUCUACGGCAUUUAUAAGGAGUAGAAAUGUCUAAGGCAUUUAUCAUGAGUAAAGAGGUCUAUGGCGUUUAACAGAAGUAAUUGUCUGGUGGUCUAAUUUAUCAGUAGUGCACCUUUAACUGCUAAUUAUGGCAAAUCAAAAUCUGUGUGCAGUACAAGGAAACAGGGACUAUAGAGCAACGCUCCUCCAACUUUACCAAGCCUCACCUGCCAGCCAAGUCCUGUGCGUCAGUAUUAGCGCCUUUAUCAAUCAGUAAGGAUGCGAUACGUGCCAUGCCUUCUGCCGACGUCAUGUGAUUGGCACCCGCUGGACUAGAAGCAGAGCCUGCCAUCCAUGGCCUGAUCAAUAAAUAGAGGCUCAUGGUCAGAAUACAGUAUCGCACAUUAGAUAGCUCAAUCAAAAAAAUAUAUGCAUAAAUAUAAAAAAAUAUAUAUGCAAAAUAUAUGUAUAUAUAUAUAUAUGCAUAAAUGUAACAAAUAAAACCUCAAGAAUAUCCAUAUCUCGCACCUCAUUCAGCAGAGGUGAGAGGCCCUAUAAGCUGACGCACUAACAUACUGGGCCACCAGUUAUUCCACUACCUUCCACCACUCUAUAAAAUUUCUUACAGGGCAUAGGAAAUACUCUCAGUAUCUUACAAAAUGUUUUUUUACAAAAUUAACCAGAAAAUUCAUAUAAAAAUACCCAGACAUAUUGUAAAUUAUUAGGGAAUGAUUUAAAUAAACCCCAAAAAGCCUGCUAA